GGUACAUAUCUUUGUCUCUUGCAAUUGCUCAGGCUAACUCCCCCCCUCCCGACUGACACAUUCGGCAACAUCAACAACACAUGCAGCUUGAUGAAAAAAAUGGAUAUUUACUGGUCUUUUUAGACCAAAGAUAAGAGCAGGUGCUGAUUGCUUUGACACAACCUCCUCACUUGUUCAUAAGAACAUAAACCCCUCUGUGCGACUUUGUAAAUAUUUUUCUUAUUAUUUCUAAAAAGUUGAAGCAAAAUGGAUCUUACAGCCAAACAUGGGCUCGUGCUGCUCGACCAGCUGAGGAGGAUGAGGGAGACUGAGCAUCUGACAGAUGUGGUGUUAGUGGCUGAGGGGAUCAGCUUUCCCUGUCACAGAGUUGUUCUAUCCGCCUUCAGCCCUUACUUCCGUGUUAUGUUCACAUGUGGCCUUCGUGAGUGCAACAAUAGAGAAGUAUUCCUGCGUGACACCCCUGCAGACAGCCUGGCUCUCCUCUUGAACUACAUGUACUGCUCAGAACUUCCUCUCACUAACUCCAAUGUACAAGGUAUCUCCAUCGCAGCUUUUCUCCUGCAGAUGGAUGACGUCUUCACUCGCUGUCAGCAGCACAUGACCGAGAACAUGGAUGCCUCCAACUGCCUUGGUGUGUAUUACUUUGCCCGUGACCUUGGUGCAGAGGAACUGGCUGACCAGGCUCAGCGCUUCCUGAGGCAGUACUUUGUCCAAGUCUGCCAGAGUGAGGAGAUCCUGGAGCUGGAGGCUCAUCAAUUGGCGAAGCUCCUAACUUCUGAUGACCUUAAUGUUUCCAGAGAAGAGACCAUCUUGGAUGUGGUACUUCGCUGGGUCAAACACAACCCUUUGAUGGAUGGAGAGGUUCGUAUUCGGCACCUUCCAGAGCUCCUGAGGAAGGUCCGCUUGCCACUGAUAAGCCCUGACUACUUAAGGGAGGCAAUGAAGAGAAACACAGCCCUGUUGGCUGAUGCUGAAUGUCUAGAGAUGGUGAAUGAAGCCUUGGAGGCCACAGCAAUGCAUCCAUCAGCUGCACCGCGCAAACUUAAGCUGCGGUACGGCAUGGAGACCACAGAUUUGCUACUCUGUGUUGGUAAUGACAGUGGUGGGAUUAGGUCAAGAUAUGGCAGCUAUGCUGAGCGCAGCUUUUGCUAUGCCCCAUCCACAGGCCGAACCUACUACAUCACUUCACCUCGCUAUGCAGAGGCUCUGGGGUAUGUGUGUGCCGGGGUUGUAACUGAAAGAAAUGACAUUAUUGUGGCAGGAGAGGCAAGUGCGCGCAGAAUGGCCCGUCAGAAGGUCAUGAACGUUGAGAUCUACAGGUACAAAGUAGAGGCCCAAGGAAGCUGGGAGCGCCUGACUUCAGCCGAGUACCGCGAUUCUUAUGCCCUGGGAUCACUGGGUGACACGCUGUAUCUGCUGGGUGGGCAGAUGAGGCUGAAGAACCAGUUCCUCAUCACUAACUGUGUGGAACGGUGGUCUCUGCAGGGCGGACCCUGGCGGAGUGCAGCACCCCUGCCUAUGCCUUUGGCCUAUCACAGUGUGGUCAGAAUGAAAGAUCGCCUUUAUGUGAUAGGUGGUCGAACCCCACAGUCAUACCGGAUGGAUGAUGAGCCCGACCGUCUUAGUAACCGCCUUCUGGAGUAUGAUCCAAACACAAACAAGUGGACAGAACUAGGUCCCAUGAAGUAUUCAAAAUACCGCUGCAGUGCUGUGGAACUCAAUGGUGAAAUAUACGUGAUGGGAGGCAUUGGCUGUGAAGGUGUGGACCGUGGGCAGUCACGCCACUGUCUCGAUGCUGUGGAGAUCUACAAUGCAGAUGGAGAUUACUGGAGGGAUGGCCCUCCUCUCCCAUGUGCACAACUCUCACUGCGCACCAAUGCCUCUAAUGCAGGAGUGGUGGGAGGCAAGAUUUAUGUGUGUGGAUAUUACAAAGGAGCAGAUCGUCAUGACGAUAUAACAAAGGACAUUUUAGAGCUGGACCCAUGGGAGAACCGGUGGACAGUGGUGGCUCGACGUGCUCUGAUGCAUGACAACUAUGAUGUCUGCUUAGUGGCAAAUCUCAACCCAAGGGGACUCAUGUCCGCACCGGCAGACUUAGUAAAACUGUGACACCCCUGUCAGAUCAGAGAUCAAAGUCUGUUUGGGAGAAUUAGUGAAGAAAAUUAAUUAUUAAUUAUCAAUGCACUUAUUGCUGGGCCAAAGGCAUUCAUUUUGUCAAGCAGAAAAGGUCUUAGUGCUCUGCAUGAGAGAAGAUCUACAGUUAAUGAUUUGCACGUUGCUGAACAAGAAUAGAAAGAUAAUUUUGUAAAUAUGGUAUUUUUGUUGCUUUUUUAUUGUGUAACAUCUGCAGAGAGGACUGAUCACCUGAAACCCCCAGCUGAGUGGUUCAUAGCUGAAACGCUAAUGUUAAGAACACCAGGAAAUAGUAUCCUUUGACAUUAAACAAAAACAGAUAAAUAAAUGUGAAUUAUGGACUUCUGCUUCCAUACAAAUUAAACCAGAAUGCUGAGUAAGUAUUUGAACUGUUUUACAUGGUUAAAGCUACAGCUUUAAUAACUCAAUAACUACAGUAAAUCGUAGCAGAAAUCUUAGAUCUUAUACUAUAUCAAUAUACUAUAUAUAUAUAUAUAUAUAUAUAUAUAUAGUAUAUAUAGUGAGAAGUAUAUAUAUAUAUAUAUAUUUUUUUUUUUAAAUA